AGGAGAGGGGACCUGCCUUGUUGCCGACAUGGCAUUCACAUCGUUUUCGCCCAGCCGUCGUCGCCAGUGAACUCCGACACAAAUGGUUUGUGGCGUUUGAUAAUUUGGGCUCACAUCGCAACUUGCCUCGUGGAGCUCAAGCGGCCUAAGCAGACAAACACUCUCAACUCACGACUACGAUGCUACGCCAGGCCACCGCGCGACUGCCGAAACCGGCCGCCGCCAUGGCCCGCAGCAGCUUGAAGCGCUCGGCCGCCGUGGCGCUCUCGUCGUCGGCCUCGCCCCGGCCUUCAUCGACCGCGCCCACGGCAGCUGUGGCGUCCGUCGCCGCGCACGACCACUCGACGCUGAACCAGAGCAAGCAGACGUCGCUGGCCGACGAAUUCCACGACACUGAGCGCAUCUUCGCCACCAAGACGACGCCUGAGCUCGUUCGCGCCUACGGUGUCUACUUUAUGUCGCAGUUCCGCCCCCUCGUGCAGCACAGCGGCGAGCUACUCGAACUCUCGUACAAGUUCCCGGGCGCCAAGUUUACCGACGCGCUUCUGCGCGCGACGUUCUUCGGCCAUUUCUGCGCUGGCCAGGAUGUGAACGAGAUCCGUCCCGUCAUCCGGAAGCUCGAGUCGGCCGGCAUCGGCGCCAUCCUCGACUUCGCGGCCGAAGCCGACGUCGAGCAGCCGCGUGACCUCAAUGGCGUUGACCAGAACUUGGUAUCGGCCCGUACCUACGCAUACGACGGCGAGGCGGCCUGUGACGCCAACGCCGCCAUCUCGCGCCACGCCAUCAUUGACGCCAGCGAGGCCGCCUCGGCCGGCGAACCCGCCUUCGUGGCCAUCAAGUGCACGGCGCUGGGCAAGCCUGAGCUACUCAUGCGCAUGUCGGCCAUCAUCGUGCAGGCCCAGCUGCUGUUCCACACGCUGGACGGCCCCAACCUUUCGCGGGCCAAGUCGCGUUACCUCGAGCGUAUGAUCGACUACCCUACGCUGAGCGCCGGCCUUCGCAACGCUGGCGUGGACGCUACCGAGGAGGAGAUCCAGAAGCUCUUCAAUGAGCUUGACCAGUCGUCUGGCGACGGAGUCAUUGACUACGUGGAUUGGGUGAGUUUCCUGGACCCGUUCGACUUGACCAUGGGCCCUUUGACCCAGUUCAUCGAGGAGGAGCCGCUCUCGGAUAACGAGAAGACUCAGCUGCGCAACAUGAUUGGCCGUCUCGAGUCGCUGGCUAAUGACGCGGCCGAACGUGGCGUGAAGCUGAUGGUCGACGCCGAGCAGACGUACAUGCAGCCGGCCAUCGAUCACCUCACGCUCAACCUGCAGCGUAAGUACAAUCGUGACGGCGCCGACGUCAUCUACAACACCUUCCAAUGCUACCUCAAGAUGUCGAGCGAUCGCAUCGACAUUGAUCUGGAACGUGCUCGUCGUGAGAAGUUCCGCUUCGCGGCUAAGCUGGUGCGUGGCGCCUACAUGGUGCAGGAACGCAAGCGUGCUCGCGACAAGGGAUACGCCGACCCGAUCCACGACACUAUUGAGGACACUCACGUUAACUACGAUGCUCAGGUAACCAAGCUGCUGCACAACAACCACCUGGCCAGCUUCAUGGUGGCCUCACACAAUGAAAAGUCCGUGGUGAACACGGUGCAGCAGAUGCAGGACAUUGGCAUCAGUCGUGCUACUGGUGGCGUGUACUUCGGCCAGCUAUUGGGCAUGUGUGACCACGUGUCGUACACACUUGGCGCGAAUGCUUACAAGGUGUUCAAGUACGUGCCGUACGGCCCCAUUCACGAGGUGCUGCCGUACCUCAUCCGUCGUGCACAGGAGAACUCGGGUCUUAUGAGCGGUGCGCAGCUGGAGAUGCGUAUGCUGAGCACGGAGAUCAAACGCCGCAUGUUCGGAUGAGCGUGAGAUCAGGAACGUGUGAGUUUGCAGUUCAGCCUUGCAAUAAGGCUGACAAGUGUUUGUCCUAUCGUAUUGACGCUUCUCCCGCCUCGAGCUUCCGUCGAGUGGAGAACGUAGAAGCAGUAAAUGGCGGAUGAUAUGAGCCAAGAAAUCCGCCACAGUUGGCGAUUGAAGCGGAACAAGUUAACUUGGUGAAAUGCCAAGGAGGUGGAAGGAAGUGCGAAGUCCUGCACUCAUAAGAGGCAGUAACCCAUGCUGGCGUUGGAAGCCAGAGCCGUAAGAGAGAAAUGCAUAAUCGGUAUCAAGAAUCCGUAACCCAGAACAAUCCAAAUCGAUGCAGAUAACAUUCAACCAUUACAUGUACUUGUGUCCAAUUGCACAUGCGAUGUUCGAGAAGAGAACAAAUUGUUCUCGAAUAUCCAUGG